AUGGGAGCAGAUUUAAUUUUCUUAGUAUGACUUGGGAUUUCAGGCCUAAUUUAUAUACCUACAGGGAUUUUACUAUUAUGAUGGUCAAAUAAAAAGCCAAUAAGAAACCGCUCUCCAUUUCUAGUAUCAAUUAUUCACUGAAGCAAUUUUUUAGAGACUUGUUUAUUUUUAGUUACCCUUUAUCUGUAUUUUCAUGGAGAUCAUCAUAGUUUUAAGCUUGAAAUUGCAUUUCAAAUUUCUCAAACCUUCCUGCACUGCUCGUUCAUAAUUCCUUAUAUACUUACUCUCUGCUAAAAAUUAUUUUUAUAAGAAAAUUGAUUUUAUAUAAAAUAAAAAAAUGUUUUAUAGGGACAGAAUUAGGUGUUAUCGAAUAUAUUUUAUUUUUCACUUAUAUUAAUGGCUAAUAAAUAGAUAGAUAAAGCAUUAUAUAUGGCCUGAUGAUGGGAUUUUUUAAAUAGGUAUAGAUCAAGACUGAGAUGAAAAAGACAGCAAUUGGAGGCAGCAUUUAUAUAAAGCCUCACAAGCCUGGCUAUUCAAAAUCUACUGCAUUUGUAUGGCGCCUGUAAUUGCUUUUUCAAUGUCAAUUUUUAUUAUUCCAGGCUUUCAAGGAUAUUUUCCAACUUCUUACUACGACCGAAGUGAAUUUGCUGACUCUAUUACAGAAAUGGUAUAUUUAUUUGUACUUUUCAUAGAAGAAUUAGCAUUUGUUUUAUGUGUAUAUAUGCUGAGAACGGUUAAUGAUGACUAUAAAAUGACUAAAGAAAUUGCAGUUGUUUGCUUAUUAUGGACGAUAAAUGGCGUUAUAUCGACUUUUCCCAGUAAUAUUGUAUGAAUGAUUGAAGGGACCAUCAGGAAUAAUUUAAUAAUGCUUGUAAGCUCACUUUAUCCAGUUUUAAGCUCUAUAAGAGGAGACUCUUUUGAUGACGCAAUUACUUUAGAAGCUUUACAAUCCCUUGACCUUGUCCUACAAAAUCGAGUAACUCUUGAUACUUUUGAAAAGGCGCUUAUUAAAGAAAUCCCAAAAAUGACAAAAAUCAAGGCUGCUUCAGAAUAUUUACAAAUUUGGCUUAAAUGUGAAUAUUAUCAAAACUGCCCAUCUUUUGAAUUAGAAUGUGAAAUUAUGGCAUCAAGCAAAAUGUUGGACCAUUUCAAAGCGAAUAAUAUUAAUGUUAUUCAGUUUGAAGCUUAUAAAGUGCUUGCUUAUCAUCUUUUUCCAUUAUUCAAAAAAACAAAAGUGUAUCAAAAUUUAUUGAAAAAUGUGAUUCAUCAGCAAAUUUAUAUAUAAUAUUUUAAAAAGCUUGAUUUUUUAUUUUUUUAAUGAAAAUAGAAUUUAAUGCAAAAAUAUAUAGCCAAUGAAGAAUAAAUAGGAUUUUACAGACAUCAUUUACAUUAAAAUCAGAUUUGGAAUACUCAAUUACUAGCCAAAGCUUUGACUUGAUUACGAACUCAAACUCCCUCUAUUUCCAGUCUCCAUCUCUUUUAUCUCAAAAUCAGUCAGGAGUGUUUUAA